CGGCACCGCAGCAUGUGCAUGGAGCCGGCCAGGGAAGAUGUAUGUAGGUUAUCUUCUGGAUAAGGACACCAACAUGUAUCCCAGCCCCGUCCGGCACCCUGGCCUCAACCUCAACCCACAGAACUACGUGCCGGCGCCGCCUCAGUACUCAGACUUCGCCAGCUACCACCAUGUGCCGGGGAUUAACAACGACCUGCACCACGGGCAGCCGGCGGCUGCCUGGGGCUCUCCCUAUACCCCUGCCAAGGAGGACUGGCAUUCCUAUGGGACCCCUGCUACGCCUUCCACUGCCAGCCCCGGGCAGUUUGGUUUCAGCCCCCCAGAUUUUAACCCCAUUCAGCCCCCGGGCUCUGGACUCCUGCCUCCGCCCAUCAGCAGCUCGGUUCCCCAGCUCUCCCCUAAUGCCCAGAGACGCACCCCGUAUGAGUGGAUGAGGCGCAGCAUUCCCAGCACCAGCAGCAGCGGCAAAACCAGAACGAAAGACAAGUACCGGGUAGUGUACACGGACCACCAGCGCCUGGAGCUGGAGAAGGAAUUUCACUACAGCCGCUACAUCACCAUCCGCCGCAAGGCCGAGCUGGCCACUGCCCUGGGGCUCACCGAGCGGCAGGUGAAAAUCUGGUUUCAGAACAGGAGGGCAAAAGAGAGGAAGGUGAACAAGAAGAAGAUGCAGCAGCAGAACCAGCCCACCAGCACCACCACACCAACCUCACCGGCUGUCAGCACGCUGGGACCCAUCGGAGGUCUCUGCAGCAGCAGUGCCUCGAACCUUGUCUCCUCAUCUCCACUUACCAUCAAGGAAGAAUUCAUGCCUUAACCCCCUUCACCAGCUACAGACUCCAAGAGAUAAGCACUAUGCAGCAGAGC